AUGGAAUCUAGACCUUCAGUACCAAACAAAACAUCGAAUGGGAAGCAAGCUGCAUGCUUGAAUUGUAGAAGGAGCAAGAUCCGGUGCAACAGGAAUCCUGGAGACCCAUGCUGUGAGAAAUGCAAGCAGGCCAACUCGGAGUGCAUCAUUCCUAGCCACCAUGUCGGCAGGCAGAAGGGGGUGAAAAACAAACGCAAAGGCCUCGACAAAGCAAUACACCAAAUAGAACAGGCUAUAAAACGACCCAAGACUGAUGCCCCAGGAUCUGAUGCAGCCUGUAAAGUAAUCUCCGAUCUCCAGGACUUACUCAACAAGGCCCAAGGGCAAAUGUCACAAAGUGAAACUGAUGACAUAUCGGAGGAUCUUGAUGAAUCUCACAGUCGCUCACCUCCCCGUGACUUCAACAGCGAGGAAAAUCUAGCACUAGAUGAUGCAGAGAACCCAUUGCAGCUACUCGCACGUGCCUCCGACCUCCAACUGUCACCGAAUGGUGGGAAUGGUGCACAAAGAUCACCUUUACCAUUAUUGCAGCCCUCGGCGACACUCUUAGCAGCACCGCAAAGUAACCGCCAGAGUAGUGACCCUGGUGCAAAAGCCUUUUUUGUACCCAUCAAAGCUAGCCUAGACAUUGGCAAGGGUAUCGAUCCUAUUGAACUGGGACUUGUUACUCUAGAUGAAGCUGGGUCUCUUUUUGCCUUUUUCUAUCGAAACCUCGCGCACACUCGAUGGGGCCUCGACCCUCUUGUUCAUACCGUGCUAUUUGUACGCUCUCAGUCCGCCUUUCUUUUCACAUCAAUCCUUGCUGCGGCCGCUCUUUUCUUGCCUUCUGCUGCUGCAUUAUCCAAGAGGCUUUCUAGACACUGCAAAGCGUUAGCCCAUCGUGUUGUGGUGCAACGGCAUAGAUCAGUUGAGAUUGUCUUAGCUUUCAUGGUCAAUGUGCCAUGGAUGGCUCCAGGGGAGUGUCUGGGUGAUGACGAUACUUGCUCUUACAUUGCAAUGGCCUUGACUGUUGCAUUGGAUCUGUUUCUAAACAAGAUCAUACUGCCUUCCUCAAGCUUCGAUGCUAGUUUCUUGAAGAGACUAGCCAAGGCUGAUUGCAUUGAUGCAAAAAGAGCUCUUUAUAUUGAUGGAUUUGAGAAUGUGGAUUCAACUUCUGAAUGGGGCCGAAGGUUGCUCCGAAGGCGAGAAAGGGCUUGGAUUGCAUUGUUCGUUCUUGAACGUGGAGUAUGCCUAGCUCGCGGAAGAAGCUACACUGUUCCUCCAACCACCCUCAUUGAGAAUUGUGACCGAUGGCAUAUUUCAGAUAUUGCAGACUCCCGUGAUGGACCUAUGAAUUCAGUGGCAGUCCUAAGAAGAAAUCUGGACCAACUUUUCACAAAAGUAAGAUCAAAUUGCGAUAGUUAUCAAAUUGUUGAUACAGGAACUGAGGCUGCCCAGUCGAUCAAGGCAAUGAUUGAAAGCUUCUACAAUCAAUGGUACGCCUCAUGGGCACCAGCAAUUGGCGAAACGCACUCUCUCCCGCCUUAUGUCGAAAUCUUGGUCACGCACACUAUGCUAUCAACAUAUGGUGGUGUUAUCAACCACCCCACUGCACCUCUUGAAGUGAAACGUUUCUUCCGGGCUGCCGGCCUUUCCUCUGCACUGAAUGUGAUGCGAGCUGCUAUUCAAGGCGAGUCGCGACUCAAGUCUAUGCCAAACAACACGGUGAUUAUGAUUUCUUUUGCAGCAUGUUCUGCUCUCUCUCUCGGCGUGACACCUGCAGACAGCAGAUCCAAUUUGGCCUCAAGCGUUCGUAAUUUGAUCGAGGAAACUGCCGGCGUCUUAGAACGAAUCGGAGCUACCCCAUGCCAUAGAAGUGGCGCAUCCGUUCUCUAUGGAAGAUUUCUACGAGAGUUGAUACGACGUGCUCCUGUAGACCCCAGUUCUCAAUUCCAACCUGAUUCGCGAAGGAUUGGCCCUGCAGACACUUUUCAUCAGCCUGCUCCAUCAACGAGUGGGUAUGAUGCCGCACUCCUGGAUACUCAACCAUCGUUCUCACCUUCUCUACUCUGGUCUGAACCACUGCAUUUUUCUGCGAUGUCUGACGACCAAAUUAUCGAUGCUGUAAACCGGGCUGGUACGGCAUUCGGAUCGACUGUCCCGGACGUCCCAUUAGAUGAUACUGUGAUGAGUUGGGAUUGGCUCGACCUUGCUAGUGCUACAGAAUUCCACUUCUGA